AUGAUUAUAAGGAGGUUCGUAAGGCAUUUGUCCACCAGUAAAAGUUCAAUUCGGAUAAAUGCCGUGGGAAUUCAACAUUUAGCUCCUUCUCUUCAAAACCAAUUGUUUGGUAAGAGUAGUCCGCGGCUUGACGAAGAUCUGAUAAAUAUGGCAAAAAGACAUCUCAAGUCAAACAACCUUAUAGGUAAGAAAUCCUCUUUGAACGACCCAAUUGAGAUACAACUACCAUCAUUGCAAGGUAACACAUUAGAUGAACACUUCUACAAGCUUGGAUCCGCUAGCUUGGAACCUUAUAACCCACUGAUAGACGAACUUUUAAAUUUGAAUAUCAUAGAGCCUCAGUUUGAAUUUGCAUUCCAAUCAGGUUGGACUCGUUAUGCUCCUGGAGAGCCUUCGGAAAAGGUACCUUAUCCUUUAGAAGAUUCGUAUUUUUUCGACGUGGAAACCAUGUAUAAAGUAUCUCAAUAUCCUGUAAUGGCAGUAGCUUUAUCUGAUAAAGCCUGGUACGGCUGGGUUUCUCCAUAUCUUACAGAAGAAUCAACAACUAAUGACCAUUUAAUCCCCCUGAAUACUUUUGAGACUGAAAAAUUUAUUGUGGGUCAUAAUGUAUCCUAUGAUAGAGCUAGAGCCCUGGAAGAGUACAACUUGAAACAAACGAAAGCUUUCUGGAUGGAUACCAUGGCUCUUCAUGUAUCAGUUUCAGGCAUGUGCACAAGACAAAGAGGAACUUGGAUUAAACAUAACAAGAAAGAGCAAGAGAACACCAUGUCUGUUGCCAGUAUAAAGUCUAAAGUGCAGAAUGAAGAACUACAAGAAUUGCUUGACUCGACUAGCAUAGAGGACCCAAUGUUGGAAGAUAACCCGUGGAUAAAUAAGAGUAGUCUGAACUCUCUUGAAAGAGUGGCAGAGUUUUACUGUAAAAUAAAAUUGAAAAAAGAUAUUAGAAAUAGCUUUGCAACAGAAGAUCCGGAUGAACUUAGAGGAAAUUUUGACGAACUUAUGCAGUACUGUGCCAAAGAUGUUUUUGCCACAGGCAAAGUGUUUCAAAAAGUUUAUCCAAAGUUUAAAAAGUUGAUUCCGCAUCCUGUCAGCUUAGCAGCUUUGAAAGAUAUUUCAUCCUGUAUACUACCGACUACCACCAAAUGGGAAGACUACAUAGAAACUUCAGAGAGACUAUACCAAGAAAGCAGAAGAAUGAUUGAAAAAAAUCUGCAUGUGAUUUGCGAAGAGACUGUCAAGUUGAAAGAUGAUCCUACGAAGCCCUGGGAGAAUGAUCCAUGGUUAUCUCAACUGGACUGGACAAUUGACCCAAUACGGCUUACCAAGAAGGGUGAAAUUCACAAGAAUCAAAAGCUUCCAGGGUAUCCUAAUUGGUAUAAACAGCUUAUUGUAAAAAAUGAGCUGAAGCUCACGACCAAGACACGUACUUCACCAUUGUUGUUGAAGUUAGCAUGGAAUGGGAACCCCCUUUACUGGAUUCAAACUCAAGGAUGGUGCUUCAAAGUCCCCAAGAAUAAAACAGAAGAGUAUGAGAAACUUAAUUUUGUUAUGGUUUCACUCAAAAAAUUAUCCGAAGAUCCAGGAUUUGAAAGUAUACGGGCUGAAGAUUUAAAAAAUUUCACGUUUGUUAAAGUUCCUCAUCCCGAUGGACCAUCAGCUAGAGUAACAAACUGCAUGACCAAGAGUUGCUUAGGUUUUUUUGAAAAAGGGUUUCUUAACUCACAAUAUCCUCUUGCUAAAGAUGCCCUUCAAAUGGCAGUUGCAUCCAGUUAUUGGACUUCCUCAAGAGAACGUAUCAUGAACCAAUUUGUAGUUUUUGAAGAUGACAUGGGGUACAUUUUACCACAGAUUAUACCUAUGGGAACUAUUACAAGACGAGCCGUCGAAAACACUUGGCUGACAGCUUCGAAUGCCAAAAAGAACCGUUUAGGGUCUGAGUUGAAAAGUUUGAUAGAAGCUCCCAAGGGUUAUUGCUUUGUUGGUGCUGAUGUUGAUAGUGAAGAGCUUUGGAUUGCAUCUUUAAUUGGAGAUUCUGUAUUCAAAAUUCAUGGCGGAACUGCUAUUGGGUGGAUGACACUUGAAGGUACUAAGAAUGAAGGUACUGAUCUUCAUUCAAAAACCGCAAAGAUUCUGGGAAUUUCAAGAAAUGAAGCAAAGAUCUUCAAUUAUGGGAGAAUUUAUGGUGCUGGUAUCAAGUUUACCACUACUUUACUCAAAAAAUUUAAUCCCGCAUUAAGUGACGCAGAAGCCAAAGCCACUGCCAAUGCUUUGUACACUGCCACCAAAGGAAUUUCUGGAAGAUAUGACAAGAAAUCAAUAUGGUAUGGAGGUUCUGAAUCAAUUAUUUUCAACAGAUUAGAAGCAAUUGCUGAAAUGGCCCAUCCAAAGACACCUGUUCUAGGAGCUGGAAUUACUGCACCUUUACAAAAAGCCAACUUGAGUACCAAUAAUUUUCUUACUUCUCGUAUCAAUUGGGCUAUUCAAUCAUCAGGAGUUGACUAUCUGCAUCUGUUAAUAAUCAGUAUGGAUUACCUUAUCAAACUGUUUGAUAUUGAUGCCCGCUUGUGCAUAACAGUACAUGAUGAAAUUCGGUAUCUGGUCAAAGAAGAGGAUAAGUUCAGAGCUGCUUAUGCGUUGCAAAUCAGCAAUUUAUGGACUAGGGCCAUGUUCUGUCAACAAUUAGGAAUUAACGAAGUCCCUCAGUCUUGUGCCUUUUUUAGUGCAGUUGAUUUGGAUUUUGUUUUACGGAAAGAAGUUGAUCUUGAUUGUGUUACACCUUCGAAUCCCGAUCCCAUACCAUGUGGAAAAUCUUUAGAUAUUUAUGAACUACUUCAGCAAGAGGAUAUAAAAGGGGCUGAUUUUCCCCGGACAAUGCACCUCAAUGAUGUGCAUUAUCGAAAAAGAACUCCGGUUAUAGAAAUGUUUGAUAAAGCUGUGGAUGACAAGACGAGAAAGUUUAUGGUCUCUCUGCAGAUUGCUCAAGAUAAGACGGAGUUCACCAAAUGGAAACGCUCUAGGGGAGAGUUAAUUGUACAUUAG